AUGUCUUUGUCAAACAAGCUAUCUAUCGAGGAUGUCGAUGUGAAGGGCAAGCGCGUCCUCAUUCGGGUCGACUUUAACGUUCCCCUUGACGCCAACAAAAAGGUCACCAACACCCAGCGUAUUGUAGGCGCCAUUCCAACUAUCAAGUAUACUCUUGACCAUGGAGCAAAGACGGUUGUCCUGAUGUCACACCUUGGCCGCCCCAAUGGACUCCCAAACCCGAAGUAUAGUCUCGCCCCUGUCGUUCCUGAGCUGGAGAAGUUGCUCGGGAAGAAGGUUACCAUCGCACCUGAUAGUGUUGGGCCAGAGGUUGAAAAUAUCGUAAACAACGCGGCCGACGGCGAUGUGAUUCUUCUGGAAAACUUGCGCUUCCACAUCGAAGAAGAAGGAAAGGGUGUUGACGAAAAUGGGAACAAGAUUAAGGCCGACAAGGAAAAGGUGGAAGGGUUUCGCGAGGGCUUGACAAAGCUUGGAGAUGUCUACAUCAACGACGCGUUUGGCACGGCCCACCGUGCCCACUCCUCGAUGGUUGGUGUUAACCUGCCGCAAAAGGCAGCUGGAUUUUUGAUGAAGAAGGAGCUGGACUAUUUCGCAAAGGCUUUGGAGAAUCCCAAGCGUCCCUUCUUGGCCAUCCUCGGUGGUGCCAAGGUUUCGGACAAAAUCCAGCUUGUCAACAACCUGCUCGACAAAGUCAACACGCUGAUUAUCUGCGGCGGUAUGGCCUUCACCUUCAAGAAGACGCUGUACAACGUACCUAUCGGCAACUCUCUAUUUGACGAAGCCGGCUCAAAGACGGUGAAGGAGCUCGUGGAGAAGGCCGAGAAAAAUGGAGUCAAGCUUGUGCUGCCAGUCGAUUAUGUCACUGCUGAUAAAUUUGACCCCAAUGCGACCACAAGCACGGCGACUGACGAGGGUGGAAUUCCAGAUGGAUGGAUGGGAUUGGACUGCGGCGAAGAGAGCAUCAAGCUUUACCAGCAAGCUAUUGAUGAGGCCCAAACGAUUCUCUGGAAUGGCCCCCCUGGUGUGUUCGAAUUUGAAAAGUUCGCGAACGGCACGAAGGCGACUCUUGAUGCUGCCGUCAAGGCGGCCCAGGAUGGAAAAAUUGUCAUAAUUGGUGGAGGUGAUACUGCGACUGUGGCUGCUAAGUACGGCGUUGAGGCCAAACUCAGUCAUGUUUCGACGGGCGGCGGCGCCAGCCUAGAGUUGCUAGAGGGGAAGGCUCUUCCUGGUGUCGUUGCCCUGAGCACUAAAUAG